UCAAAUGCCAAUUUUCCAGCUCGUUCUCUUUUUCGUUGUCUUCUCUGAAGCUCUGGCUCAAGACUGUCAUCAAGGGUGUGAAACGUUCCCCACUGAGAAAUCUGUCAUAGAGAGUGAUGGUAAAUCAUACGUUCGUAUAUAUACCAAUACCACCAUUGUCAAUGGUUGCAAAGCGGUCAUGUUCAAAUGUGUCGUGGUUGAUCGUUCUACAGAGUGUGAUACGACUGCCUCAUUCUUCAACCUUGCUACUUCAAAAAUAACCAAAAAAUUCAAUACUACUGAUGAAACCCAGGACACUAGCUAUUCCGGGGAACCAAUGAUUUGUGCGAGAGUACCUGGAUCAUCGAUAAAUGUUGGAUAUUUUUACGAGGGACAGCAAGUCAAAGCUGCAUGCUCUAAUAGAUGUGUUUCGGGUGGUGGACCACCAGCGGGAUCAUGGACGUUCAAGCCUGACCCAACGGAGGAGCCGACUACCGAGGAGUCAACUACCAAACUGACCUCAACUGAACCCGCGCCAACUUCUCAAGCCGUCGUUCGCGGAUGCCGUGUUCAACGGCGUUAACUUAUCAAUAAAUUUGUUGAACAUUA